UCUUCUUGAAAGAUUUUUUCACGACGUAGUAAUUAUUAUUUGUCAGAUAAAUGUGUUAUAUUUAAAUCAGAUUUUAUCAGUGCGUUUGAAUCAACUAUACUGGCGAAAGAUGUGCUACCCAAAUGACAGUAGUUGUUUGGGUUGUCGUCAGCUGAUGGUUGUUGAAGGGUCUUGAGAGACUCAAUGCGAAAGUGAGACGUUGACGUUUAAGAAAGUGUGUGUGCGAGGACGAAGUCGAAAUGCCGGCACCAAUGCCCGUAGGGGCCUUGACCAUGGCGUCUUUUGCCCUAACUGCUGCCGUGAUUGGUAACGCCUAUUACCAAAAAAAGCAGUUUUACCCUUCCGUCGUCUACAUCACUAAAUCUAAUCCGAGCAUGGCUGCUAUAUAUCUCCUAGCAUUCACACUGGUCAUCUUGUUAGGAAAAUUCCUCAAGAAAAUCUUCUUUGGUUCCCUGAGAGCAGCUGAAUUUGAGCAUCUCAUCGAACGAUCUUUUUAUGCCGUCACUGAAACAUGCCUGGCUUUCACAGUUUUCCGAGAUGAUUUCUCUCCAAAGUUUGUGGCCCUUUUCACUGUACUGCUCUUUCUCAAGGCUUUCCAUUGGCUGGCAGACUAUAGGGUCGAUUUCAUGGAAAGAUCCCCAGUCAUAACAUUCUUAUUCCAUGUCAGAGUUACAUCUUUACUGUUGUUGUUGAGUCUUCUUGACUUAGUGUUGGUAAGUCAUGCUUAUCUGUCGACAAUCACAAGAGGAGCAUCAGUGCAACUUGUGUUUGGCUUUGAGUAUGCCAUAUUGUUAACUGUGGCAUUAAAUAUAGGAGUCAAAUAUGUGUGCCAUACAAUUGAUCUACAGUCAGAAAAUCCAUGGGAGAAUAAAGCAAUGUAUCUCUUGUAUACAGAACUAUGUAUGGGUUUGUUCAAAGUUCUACUUUAUGCAGUAUUCAUGAUUAUAAUGAUCCGAAUUCAUACCUUCCCAUUAUUCAUCAUCAGGCCUAUGUAUUUAACUAUGAGGGCAUUCAAGAGAGCCCUGAAUGAUGUUAUAUUGUCUCGCCGAGCUAUACGAAAUAUGAACACCUUGUACCCCGAUGCCACAGCUGAAGAGUUAAGAGCAGUUGACAAUGUGUGCAUUAUUUGUCGAGAGGAAAUGGUCACUGGUGCUAAAAAACUUCCAUGUGGACAUAUCUUCCAUGCUUCAUGCUUACGUUCUUGGUUCCAACGGCAGCAGACAUGUCCCACUUGUCGUAUGGACAUCUUAAGACAGACACAGCCGGCACCAUCUGCUACUCCUCCCCAGCCAGAGCAACCUGCACAAGGGGGCCAAACACCACAGGUUCCUCAAGCUGCACAGCAACCACAGCAGCAGCAACCUCCACAACAGCUUCCAAAUCCAUUUGCUGGGUUGUUUGGAGGCGCACAUGUACGUAUUGGCCCCCCACCUGCUGGUCUUCCUCCAUUUCCAUUCCCACCAAUGCCAAUGCAGCACCUACAACAGCAACAAGAUCAGCAGCAAACACAAAGUACAGCUAGUGCACAGAGUGCCACGGCAUCAACAAAUACAAGUACUACAGGAACUACCACUACGACUUCUUCAACUAGCACUUCUGCAGCUGCUUCAGCCUCAGGAACAGGUGGCAAUAUGGGGCAACCAUCUGGGACCUUACCAACAGCUCCCUUCAAUUUUAUGCCUCCAUUCUUUCCAGUUCUUCCUUUUAAUAUUCCACCACCACAACCACCAUUGAACUUCUCAGCGAUGACAGAUGAAGAGGUUCGGCAGAUGGAAGGAACUGAGAGACAGCAUGUAGAAGCCAGAAUUCAGGUUUUGAGGAAUAUCCAAACUUUACUUGAUGCUGCAGUUGUUCAGUAUUUUUUAUUGCAGAUGAAUCAGUAUGCUUCAGUUGUAGCAUCUCUUGACGUUGGUAACCAGAAUGUUACUAGGAACACUGUUAAUCCUACACCAACUACCCAACAACCUCAUGAAUCAUCACCUGUGAAUACAACAGUCUUCCAUGAAAAAAAUGAAGGUAUGGCCAAAGAAGGCCAUGAUGAUAUUCCAGGACCAACUCCAGUUGAGGUAAACCAGGAUUCAAAGUCAACAGCUGGUGCUGUAUCUGAUGAAAGAACUGAUGUGACAUCUACAUCAGUAUCUGACAGUGAUACAGCGGUUAAAGAUGAUGUAUCAUCAUCAUGGACAAGUGCAACAAGUGCUGCAGAUACCACUACUCCAGAUAUUGCUGAUCCAGAUGAUCCUCAAGAAAUUAGGAGGCGAAGACUUGAACAUUUUAAUCAGACGUCUUAGAAAUGUAGUUGUUACUAAUUGUAUCCUAUUGUUGUUUUCAGAUUAUUUUUGAAUGAAUGACCAACUUGAUAAUUGGCUCUGGGAUUUUGAGAAUACUCAGAUGCUAAGCUGGACAUUUUUAAUGUAUACUUUGCUCAUAUUGCACGUGUAUGAGGUACUGGGAUUUGUUUCAAGUUAGCAUAAUUGUUUUUUGUGAAUACACACAUAGACUGACUGGAAUAUAUUUUUCAUACUUAAGGAGUAAGUUGACCUCUCUUGGUGUAAAAUCUUUAGUGCUAAGUUUGCCGAUUGUUGUAAUAUUCUGGAAAAGUAAGGGAAGGGUAGUAAUUGUGUUGAAACAAUUCAUGGAGCUAAUAUGACUUAGACUAUUGAAAAGCACUUAAUCAUGUAUUAUGCAAUCAAAAUUUUAUGAUGCAUUCUUUUCAAGUUACAUACAUAUAUCAGUAAGGAACUAUUUCCCAGAGAAUUGUUAACAGGUUAACUUGUGCCCCGCAAUCUUUGAGAUGUAUAAAAGAACUUUUUAUAGGACAGUUAUUUAUUUAUUCACGGAGGGUGCAAUAUGCAUGUCAUUGGUUAACCAGUUUUACUAAAUGGAAGUAUGUAUUGGAUUUGAUUUGUCUAUGUCAGCCAGUUGAGCUGACUUCAGCUGAUAUUAACUUGUUUCAUGUUACUUAACUAUGUAUAAAACUGAAUACCAAAUUUUAGUACACUACAUGAAAGCCUUUCUUUUUUAUGCUUUUAAUGGUUGUCUCAUAACUAAAAAUUCCCAAAAAGUAUUGGUUACCUUUUUCUUCUGCAACAUGUAAUGGUUUUGACAGCAAGCACUUGUUUCAUGUAUAACUGGGCAAAUGUAUAAAGUGGAAAGGUGCUUUGGGAUAGGGUUGUUCUGUUGAAAGGAACCUUAGCACUUUUGUAUUCGAUGAAGUCAUAUAUUAACAAGUAAAGCAUAGUUUUUCUGCCACUUUUGGCACUCUUCAAAGGAAAUACAGAUAUUCGUAUUUGUAUUUUUGGUAUGAACAGAUGUAAUUACAGUACAUAAUAUACUGUAAACCAUGAAAAGUGAAUGUAUAAUUCUGUGAAUUUAUAAA